AACAUGCUCUCAAAACAAAACGUGAGAGUGUAACGAACCAGCAAGAAUGGAUCUCCAACAGUUUCUGUUCCAAAAAUAGUCAUAUUUUAAUAUUGUUCUUUCUUUCUUCCGUUCAUUCUUUAUCUUUAAUCCAACAGCACAAUGUUGAAACUCAAUCCCACGAUUCUGAUUUUCCUAGGUCUAACAAUUACGAUAAUUUCACCAGUGGUUCAUUCAAUUCGCUUCGACCUCCCAUCAGGAACCACAAAAUGCAUAACAGAAGAUCUCAUGGAGCAUGCCAUGACAGUCGGAAAGUACUCUGUCGCCAAUCCCAACGUCGGUCAUCCAAUUCCCGACACCUACAAGAUCAAUGUCCGCGUGACCUCGGCCCACGGGGGAAUAUAUCACCAUGCGGAUCAUGUGGCUUCUGGAACUUUCGCGUUUACUGCGAAUGAGGAGGGUGGUUACAUAGCUUGUUUCUGGGCACCAGAACAUUGGCCUGCGCUUAUGAUUGCAAUCGAGUUCGAGUGGAAAUCUGGUGUUGCAGCUAAGGAUUGGUCAAAUGUCGCCAAGAAAGGAAAGAUCGAAGUAAUGGAGCUCGAGUUGAAGAAAUUGUUUGAUACAGUAACGUCCAUUCAUGAUGAAAUGUUCUAUCUUCGUGAAAGGGAGAUUGAAAUGCAAGCUCUCAAUACAGCAACUUAUUCCAAGAUGGCCACCUUUAGUUAUCUUUCUAUCUUUGUUUGUCUGUCUGUGGCUGCCUUCCAACUAUGGCAUUUGAAGUCAUUCUUUCAAAAGAAGAAGCUCAUCUAGUUUUUAAGUGAAGAUCAAGAAUCUACUCUUUUCAUAUGGAUUGCAAGGAGGUAUGGAGAAUCAAUUCUACAGCUCUCUUGAACAGUUUUUUGAAAACUCGCUUCUAGCAUGCGUUGUACUAUGUUGUUUCUGUAUUUGAUUUCAUAUUUUUGACCAGAAAUAUGGUUAUGGAUUCAGUCAGUAACAGAGCAAAGACUACCAUCAUAUUAUUUAAAUUGUUACUUUUGUCAA